AUGGGGAAGGUUACAACUUCUUCAACACCGCCUUUGUCUCAAGAAGCUUCCAAUUUUGAUGAGGUUUAUAUGCAGCAAAGCUUGCUCUUUGAUGAUAGUCUCAGGGAUUUGAAAAAUCUGAGAACGCAGUUAUAUUCGGCAGCUGAAUAUUUUGAACUUUCGUAUACCAACGAUGACCAAAAACAGAUCGUGGUAGAAACACUGAAGGAUUAUGCUAUCAAAGCUCUUGUAAAUACAGUGGACCAUUUAGGUUCUGUGACCUAUAAAGUGAAUGACUUGUUGGAUGAGAAGGUUGUUGAAGUUUCUGGAGCAGAGCUACGUGUAUCUUGUAUUGAACAGAGAAUAAGAACAUACCAAGGGUGUAUGGAUCACAAGGGGAUUACACAACAGUCGCUGGUGAUCAGUACUCCAAAAUAUCACAAGCGUUAUGUCUUGCCAGUUGGGGAGACCAUGAUUGGUGCGAACCUCACAAAGUCGAAAUAUGUUGGAUGUAGCCUUGAGGACGAAGAAGAGUGGCCUCACCUUAGAAAUGUUGUUCGAGCUACAAUUAGAGAAACGCCAACGACAACGAGUAAAGGGCGUUCACCAUCACCUUCUGUACAACCUCAGAGACCUGGACCCUUUUCGUUCACUUCAACAAUGCCCAAAAAAGGUUUAGAGAAACGGUCCGUUUCACCAUACCGGUUCCCGCUUCUACGUAGCGGAUCUCGGUCAAGUAGACCUACAACACCAAAGAUGAGCAGAUCAAGUACUCCAAACCCAAGCAGACCAAUCACACCAAAUCCUUCUAAUGCAGCAAGACAAAGGUACCCUUCGGAGCCUCGCAAAUCAGCUUCAAUGCGAUUAUCUGCUGAAAGGGACAACGGAAAAGAGGUAGAACAAUAUCCGAGUAAAAGUAAAGGCCUCUUGAAGGCCUUAUUAAGCAGACGCAAGUCUAAGAAGGAUGACACACUUUAUACAUACUUGGACGAGUAUUGA